CCUGCCUGGCCGAGGGCAGGUGGAAAGUCUGCAACUCCGGGCGGGCUCCCCACAGCUGCCCAUGCGAUUCUGUCCGUAAAGAUGUUUUUCCUCCUGAGUUAUUACCUAUACUUCUGCAGUUCUAGGAUGCACUGUGCUGCUGGAUAUCUUUCCAUUCCCAUGGGACCUAAAACAGAUGGUUUUGCCCCAUCCUCAUGAGAUCACUGCAAGUUCCAUAAUGCUUUUUCUGAACAUUGCUGCUGUGUUUAUAUCUUCUGUUCUGAGAAUCGCUUUCAUGUGAGCAUCUCUUGGUUUCCUAUUCCCAGAUGUUUAUGCAUCCUGCUGGGAGAAGGGGCACAUGCACACUACACUUCAGGGACUGGAUUUCUGUGUGUGGGAUUUGGAUCAUGGAGGUAGUGGCAUGUAAAUUGCCUUGUUGUUUGCUUACCUCCUGUACAGGUCUAGGGCGGAGAGUCUGGUGCGGUCUCUUUCCCUCCUCAUGGUAGAUGCAUCACUAGGGACCAUUCAGUGCUUAGGGGAAAUAAUCUCAGAGUUUGUGCAGAAAGAUGAAAUAAAGCCAUCUGUGGUCAACCUGCUCUGGGAGCAGUUCACUGAGAAAUCACAGUGUUCAGCACUGGAGCGCUGUGCUGCUGUCAUGCUGCUGGGGAUGAUGACACGGGGAAAGCCAGAGAUUGUGGGCAGUAACCUCGAUGUUCUGGUGAUGACUGGUCUAGAUGAGAAGGUAAUUGAAGACUAUCGCCUCGCUCAAGAAGUGUGCAGUGCCAUCUCCAAACUUGCCAGCAGCAACAAG